AUGGUGAAGUUUCUUCUGAUUUUGCUCUGCAUCUCCGUGGUUUUGAGCGGCGUGUGCGGCAUGCAGCCAGUACUCGGUUACCAGGUUGCACGAGCAACGCUCCAAGUCGAGCGUUCGGGUGAGCCACUCCGCAUCAGCGGAGAUGCGAAUACUUUCGGGCAGAGUCUGGCUUCGCACCUGCCACUGAGACUAAGUCGCGGAGACGCACUGCAGUUUUGGGUCGAGCUCGAGCCCUUCGCCACCGCUCCUGAGCAAGCUUUCUUUCUGCUCUUCAAUGAGCACACUGGGGUGCAGCACGCCCUUACAGCGAACGUGAGACGCGAGAACACGAUAGGUUUUCGGUUCUCGCCAGCGGAGCAUCUGGUACAAGAACCAUACCUGGUGGAGGACUCGUUCGCGACACUGGUAGUUAUUGCCGGGAGCGCGCGAGACGAGGCACCGCUGGUGUGGUCGCUUGAAGCGCCGCCUGGCCAACGCUCCGCUGAUCGUCGAAGCGCGACCUUAAAAGUCGACCUGCGACCGACACCGGUACCCGAGAGGCCCGGCAUCUUUGAACGAAACUUUACAGUGCACUGGGGUCCUCGACCCGAAUUUGCCGUUCAAUAUUCGCAUUCGACACCGAAAACGUAUCCUCUGGUCGCAGGCCUCUGCACCGCGACUGUCGUUGCCGCUGGGUUCGCGUGGUGCGCACUGGCGUUCGCACAGGGCCUGCUUGUAACGCCUUGGGCGCUGGAUGCGUCCCUGGGAACGCAUGCACUGGCGUGGCAGCUUUGUCUGGGCAGUGCGCUCGCGAUGCUCGUGAUGUUUUUCACAAAAUGGAAUUUAAUGCAAACCCUCGGGUACCUGGGAUUUGCCAUGCCCUUCUGGACCGUGAGCGGCUUUUUGGUGCUCCGACGGCGCGCUGCAGCGGCCGCUGCAACGCGACGUGCGCUAUGA